AUGGAGGCGCAGAUACAGAACUUUGGACAGACGCCAUCGCAGUUGCUCAUUGAGCCCCAUCCACCUCGGAGCUCUGCCAUGCACCUGUGUUUCCUUCCACAGAGCCCCCUCAUGUUUAAAGAUCAGAUGCAGCAGGAUGUCAUCAUGGUGCUGAAGUUCCCCUCAAAUUCCCCCGUCACACACGUGGCAGCCAACACGCUGCCCCACCUGACUAUCCCUGCCGUGGUGACCGUCACUUGCAGCAGGCUCUUUGCCGUCAAUCGGUGGCACAACACAGUAGGACUUCGGGGAGCCCCGGGAUAUUCUUUGGAUCAAGCCCAUCAUCUUCCAAUUGAAAUGGACCCAUUGAUUGCCAAUAACUCUGGUGUGAACAAACGGCAGAUCACAGACCUUGUGGAUCAGAGCAUCCAGAUCAAUGCACAUUGCUUCGUGGUCACAGCAGAUAAUCGCUACAUUCUUAUCUGUGGUUUCUGGGACAAGAGCUUUCGAGUUUAUUCUACAGAAACAGGAAAAUUAACUCAGAUUGUAUUUGGCCACUGGGAUGUCGUGACUUGCCUUGCCAGAUCAGAGUCCUAUAUUGGUGGUGAUUGCUACAUCGUUUCUGGGUCUCGCGACGCUACGUUGCUGCUUUGGUACUGGAGUGGCCGGCAUCAUAUUAUAGGUGACAACCCAAAUAGCACUGCAGAAGGUAUUACCAAAUAUACCGAUUACUUCGCCUGCAAGCUGAAAGUUGGUGUAAGAAGAGCACCACAUGCUAAGCAACUCAUUGAGUACUAG